AUCUGAAUAAUUGAGGAGCUGUUCAGCAGCAGCGGCUGCCUCCAGCCUAGCUUUGCCACCGCCACCCGCCUUCAUAGGUGGAGACAGAGACAGGCGCUGUAAGUGCGGAAGGUCAGCCACCAGCUCCGGCAGCCAGUUGGUCGCCUCCAGCCCUCCGACAUUCAUGCCCAGGAGACGGCUGCCUUGGGACACUUUGGAUCUUUCCUAAGAGAGAGAUCCCUGCCCACUAGAUGAGUCCCAGAAGCACCCACUAAGGCUUCCAGAGCCCUCCUCCAACAGUCAACCUUCACGGUAACACCCCCAACGCGCAGGAUGAGUGGCCUCCUCGCCUCCCUGGACCCCCGGCGGGUGCAAUGGGGGGCUGCCUGGAACGCCAUGCACUCCAGAAUCCUGCGCACCAAACCAGUGGAGUCCAUGCUGGAGGGCACAGGGACCACCUCAGCACAUGGCACCAAGCUUGCCCAGGUGCUCACCACUGUGGACCUCAUCUCGCUUGGUGUUGGCAGCUGCGUGGGCACUGGGAUGUACGUGGUGUCUGGCCUGGUGGCCAAAGAAAUGGCAGGCCCCGGUGUCAUUGUGUCCUUCAUCAUAGCAGCUGUUGCAUCCAUAUUAUCAGGUGUCUGCUAUGCAGAGUUUGGAGUUCGGGUCCCCAAGACCACGGGGUCAGCCUACACCUACAGCUAUGUCACUGUUGGGGAAUUUGUGGCAUUUUUCAUCGGCUGGAACCUGAUCCUGGAGUACCUGAUUGGCACUGCAGCGGGCGCCAGUGCUCUCAGCAGCAUGUUUGACUCCCUGGCCAACCAUACCAUCAGCCGCUGGAUGGUGAACAGCGUGGGGACCCUCAAUGGCCUGGGGAAAGGUGAAGAGUCCUACCCUGACCUUCUGGCUCUGGUGAUCGCUGUCAUUGUCACCAUCAUCGUUGCUCUGGGGGUCAAGAAUUCCGUGGGCCUCAACAACGUCCUCAAUGUGCUGAAUCUGGCAGUGUGGGUGUUCAUCAUGAUCGCAGGCCUCUUCUUCAUCAAUGGGAAAUACUGGGCGGAAGGCCAGUUCUUGCCCCAUGGCUGGUCAGGGGUGCUGCAAGGAGCAGCCACAUGUUUCUAUGCCUUCAUUGGCUUUGACAUCAUUGCCACCACCGGAGAGGAAGCCAAGAACCCCAACACUUCCAUCCCUUAUGCUAUCACCGCCUCCCUGGUCAUCUGCCUGACAGCAUAUGUCUCUGUGAGCAUGAUCUUAACUCUGAUGGUCCCCUAUUAUGCCAUUGACACGGAAUCCCCGCUCAUGGAGAUGUUUGUGGCUCAUGGGUUCUAUGCUGCAAAAUUUGUCGUGGCCAUUGGGUCAGUGGCGGGACUGACAGUCAGCUUGCUGGGCUCACUCUUCCCGAUGCCGAGGGUCAUUUAUGCCAUGGCUGGUGAUGGGCUUCUUUUCAGGUUCCUCGCUCACGUGAGCUCCUACACAGAGACGCCAGUGGUGGCCUGCAUCGUGUCAGGCUUCCUGGCAGCCCUCCUCUCGCUACUAGUCAGCCUGCGAGACCUCAUAGAGAUGAUGUCCAUCGGCACACUUCUGGCCUACACCUUGGUCUCUGUCUGUGUCCUCCUCCUUCGAUACCAACCAGAGAGUGACAUUGAUGGUUUUGUCAAGUUCUUGUCUGAGGAGCACACAAAGAAGAAAGAGGGAAUUCUGGCUGAGUGUGAGAAGGACGUGUGUUCUCCUGUGAGUGAAGGGGAAGAGUUUUCUGGCCCAGCCACCAACACAUGCGGGGCCAAGAACCUACCAUCCUUGGGAGACAACGAGAUGCUGAUAGGGAAGUCAGACAAGACGACCUACAAUGUCAACCACCCUAACUAUGGCACUGUGGACAUGACCACAGGCAUAGAAGCCGAUGAAUCUGAAAAUAUUUAUCUCAUCAAGUUAAAGAAGCUGAUUGGGCCCCGUUACUAUACCAUGAGGAUCCGGUUGGGCCUUCCAGGAAAAAUGGAUCGGCCCACAGCAGCAACAGGGCACACGGUGACCAUCUGUGUGCUCCUGCUCUUCAUCCUCAUGUUCAUCUUCUGCUCCUUCAUCAUAUUUGGUUCUGACUACAUCUCAGAGCAGAGCUGGUGGGCCAUCCUUCUGGUUGUUCUGAUGGUGCUGCUGAUCAGCGCCCUGGUGUUUGUGAUCCUGCAGCAGCCAGAGAACCCCAAGAAGCUGCCCUACAUGGCCCCCUGCCUCCCCUUUGUGCCUGCCUUUGCCAUGCUGGUGAACAUCUAUCUCAUGCUAAAGCUCUCCACCAUCACAUGGAUCCGGUUUGCAGUCUGGUGCUUUGUGGGUAUGCUCAUUUAUUUUGGGUACGGCAUCUGGAACAGCACCCUGGAAAUCAGUGCCCGAGAAGAAGCCCUGCACCAAAGCAUGUACCAGCGCUAUGACGUGGACGACCCUUUCUCGGUGGAGGAAGGCUUCUCCUAUGCCACAGAGGGCGAGAGCCAGGAGAACUGGGGCGGGCCGGCAGAAGACAAAGGCUUCCAUUACCAACAGAUGUCAGAUGCAAAGGCAAACACCCGGACAAGUAGCAAAGCGAAGAGCAAAAGCAAACACAAACAGAACUCGGAGGCCCUGAUUGCAAAUGAUGAGUUAGAUUACUCUCCAGAGUAGCAGCAAAACACAAGAUAUGUGUAGAAAUGAUUUAUUUUCAGUAACUCAACGUGUGGGCUAGAAGGUGAAAACUUCUUUGGCUCUCAUUUCAAAAACACAGCCUUCCCCAAAGUCUGUCCCUGGUCAUAGCCUGUCAUUUGCUACUUUUGUUCUUUGAGAUAUUAUUCCGCAGAAGGGUUUAUCCUGGGUUGCACAACUGGUCCCUUUGUAAGAUAAAUUAAACUAGAAACUGCAAGAAACUGUGAUAGUUGAGUGCAACUCUCAGAGCUGAGUGAGGGCAGCACAUUUUUUUCUGCUUUGCUGGUUGAAUCGUUUUGCUUCUCACUGAGAUCCCUAGAAGCAAGAAGCAGACUCAACUGCAGUGAGGCUGCAGCUCUGUCUGGAGAUGUGCCAAAGCAGGUGGGUGUGGGCACAGGUGGCAUUGCAGCCCUGGGACCACAGGGGCACCAGUGAGCUUUAGUACUUCCUCAGCAAGCAGCACUGUAUCCUGGAAACUUACAAGAACAAAUUCAUAGAGGAGACCGUAUUACUUUUAUUCACCAAGGUUCUCAGUCUCCAAACGUAUCAUUUUGGGAUCCAGAAAAGAUUGAGAAUUCUGAGACCGUUUCCCCCUUCCCCCCCAAAGAUCCAGAUUCACCAUAAAGCAGAUGUGCAGACCCAAUAACAUAGUCAAAAAUAAAAAAAAAAAAUAUUUCAAUGCCCAGACAAUAUUAAAUAACCUUUUGGGGUAGGGGGUGAGGCCAGAAGGGCAUUGGUAGAAAUGAAUGCUCUGUCAUGCCUUCUCUUCUACCAAGCUGUAAGAUCCUACAGAUAGCAAAAAAGAGGGCGAAACUGAAGCAUGAUUUCAUGGCAUUAAUAUGCCUUGAAGAAGCAGGCCAUUUGUUUUAUAAUCAGAUAAAAAUCUUUACAAGGAGAAGUGACCCAGUCACUGAGAUCACGUUGCAAAUUCUAUUUCAGAUUUCUAAAAUUAUAAAUUCUGUCUCUUUAUUUGAGAUAGGCAACCCCUUGAUUGGUGGGUUCCACAACAAAAAUGCUGAAGCCCAGCUAUGUGGGUACUGGCAUUCCCUGGGAUCGCAUUUCAGCUCUGAGCCUUUCUCAGUAGCUCACUCUCAGGCAUGUCUUUCUCUUGUUAUUUCCCAGAGUAGUUUUACUGAAGCCCAGAAAGGUAUCUACCUGGUAAGGUCUAAAUCUGGGUCAUAAGAGGCCCUGUAAAGGAAUGUUGUCAGAAAGAGGGUAGAUGAGGACAUCUGCAACAGGAAAAAAACACACGGACUAUAAAUUCUACUCUUGGGUGCUAGGAAUCCCCAAGAUUGCGCCAAGAUGUAUUGUUAAGGACAUGAAGGCACCAUUCAGAUCAAGCUAAAAUCUUUGAGAGCAUUUCCUGAAAGGGGAGAAAAGUGUCAAAUUCCUUGCUCUUUCUCUCCUGAGCUAAUGUGAUGCCAAAAGAUAUUCAGAAUAUACUGACUAAUGUUCAGGUCUAUUCUUUUUUUCAGUUUGAGGUCUCUGCUAUCUUGGCAUACCCUUGGAUUAUGGAGAGAAGGUAUCACUCCAUUUCUUCAUUCAACACUGAUUGCGAAUGUACCAAUUACUAAUAAUAAGUAAUGAGGCUGAACUUCAGGAGCAGGGACAGUGGUGACCUCAACCUGUGGAGAUGAUAAAUAUAGAUAAAACAAGCAAACCUGACAAGUUCUCACAGUUAACUGCACUGAGCUUUUAUAUAGAAAGGGGGGGGGAAUCAAUUGAAACUAGUUUUUUGGAAUUAUGCAUUCAAAUAAAUUGCAUAUCACACCCAUAUCCAAUGUAUGUCACUGAACUUAAAAAAAAAAAAAAAGGCUACUUUCUAGAUCCUUUUCAUUCCUCAACAGUAAGUGUUUGGAAUACUGGUUUCCUGGGAUCAUUUUGUCAUUUUAAUGUAAUAAAAUGGCACUACCCUGUUUUCUCUCCCCUAAAUUUAACCAUAAUGAUACAGUGCCUGGGCUGUAAAAUGCAUCGUUGGGAAUUCAGUGUGAAGUAAUUAUCAGCAAUUUGUGUAGAAAUGAAGCUUUGAGCUGGUUUUAAGACUCAACAAAUCUGCCCAGUUAAAGUACAUUCUAUUAGACUUGCAGUACUUCCAGACAGGUAAGGCGGGGCUAUCUAUAUUCAUCAAAGUGUUUGAAGAGAAAUAUGAGUGGAAAAUAACAAAAUCUGAACAUGGCUGAAGAAUCUUCUCUUUCCUAGUAAGGUUUAGGUAGAGAAGUGACAGGAGUCUGCUGGGGAAGCUUGGGAAGAUGAUGGGCGCAUGAAGCAGGAAAGGCUGAACUUCAGGAGCAGGGACAGUGGUGACCUCAACCUGUGCAAGGAGCUGACAUACCACAUACGUACUCCAAGUUACCUACCAUAUCAAAGGGGAAAAAACAGUUGUAUGUAAAGCAAUCUACGAGUCUUCCUUUGAGUCCUACUAUGUCUGAUUUCAUCACUAACCUAGAAGUAUGGGCAUUUAACUUGUGUAAAGACAAUAUAAACAGUUAUUUGCAACCACUUGAAAAUUUUCAAGUUUAAACAACCAAACCGAACAACUUUGGACAUCUAUCUAAACUUGUGAUUUUACCCAGCUUGAACACAAGUUACUGCAAAUUAAUGAAAGCAGUCAAUUAACAGAAUGAGGUUAAGGACCCUAUUCUACUUUUUAGAAGGAAACUAAUAAUAGCUAAUCGAAUGUCUCGACAAUGGUCAUGAAAAGCCUGUUUAAAUAAACCGACAGAGAAGUUGUAGACUGAUAACCUUUCUAGAGCCUGAGGGCUGUCCAGGAGAUAAACCUAGUAAUGAUUAGGAAACCAAACACAAACUUUUUCAAAGAAAUGUCUUUCCACUCUUCUGAAAGGAGUUGAAACACUUGACCUCCUUUAUCUCACUCUGUUGGAGAUAGCUACCUUACAAGAUGCUACCUCUUCUCUGCAUUAUAAAUAGAAGCUUCAGGAGCCAGAGGGUGGCCUCAAAGACUAGAGGAAAUUGUAGUCCUCUUCCACCAGUUUUUACACUAAGGGUCAAUCAUGGUUUUAGCUAAUUUAGUAUCUCAGAUUAGAAUGUCUUGUUGGGGAAAGAAGUCAGAAACCAGAAAAUAUAUCUAAAGCCAGAGCGGGGUCAGUUCACCAAUCCAGGAGAUAGAUAACAUUCCACUGUUGGGUGUAAGUCUUCAGGCUACUGAGCAGUCCAGAGAACACCUUCAUUUCUCAUGCUGGAGGGGAAGGGAGGGCAAAGGAGAUAUGCACCCCAAAAUUUAGCUGCAGGCUGCUUGACAGCGUCCCUUCUGUAUGCACUCUGAAACAAGCCUACUUGAGGAAAGUAUUUCUCCCCAAAAUUUUCAUGGGACCUCAGUUUCUCCAGCAAGUAUACAUGUACCCACCAACACCCAGGACCCAUUUGUCAAGAGGGGCCCUUCAGAGUCCCUGAGAAAGAGCUACAGACUGGGAACCAGUGAUGGUUCAGCUAUGAAAGAGGCAUCAGUUGUAACUGGGCAGAACACAGGGGCAGAAACAGCAUUUCUCCUGGAAGCAAGGGCCAGGAUGAAGUUUCACCAAGGAGUUUACUGUUUAUCUCUCAGGUGGAAUGGUGAUAGGUAGCUAAAAGCCCCUUCCAUGUACAUAACUAUUAGCCAAUACCUACUUUACAUUUUACCGAAGUCUCAAGAGGCUGUUGUGCUUUGUUCCCCUCCUCAGAAACAAUUUCCUUUCCAAAAUGCUUUCCUCUUCUUGCUUGGCUUGGGUAACACAGGCAUCAUCCUGAAAUACCUAGACAGUAGGUAUUUUGCCAAAACUACUCUUCUAAAUAAAUGGUCUCAUUUUUUUAAGACAACCCAAAAGGAAUUGAAGCCCAUUAAAUAAUAAACUAAACUAAAAUAGAGUUAGAAAUCAACUACAAUAAUGUUAGAAAUCACUAAGCCAUGUUCACCAUGCAUGGAAUCACCAAAUUUUCAGAGGAAUUUCACAAAGACAGCCUUCAGAUUGAAGACUUCUGGGAGCAGGUAACACUCGUGUCUUACUCUUUGCAAAAAGGAAGUGCACUUUUAUGCAGUCAAAAAAGAAAAUGGGAUUGUGUUAGAACUGGGAAAUAGGGGCAGCCUGGAUCUUCUCCUUAGGGAGUCACUCUGCUUUUUUUUUUUUUUCUCCCCUCUAUUUUGCUUCCCUAACAUUGACACUGGUGACACCAAUUUAAGGGAAUUGUGGGUCAUGUAAAUUUCCCAGGAAGUGCAGCCUCUGAGGGAUUGUAUUCAUUUGGAUAUGGGAUGAGUUCACUGUUCUUGCACAUCUCCUAGUGAUUGUCCUGGCAGUUGCCAGUAUGCACCCUGAAGUUCAAUUACACUGGAAAUCAAAACCCCCACUUUCCAAAGCAAAAGCACUGUUAAUGCUACGAUGGAGCAUACAUACCUCAAAUGUCUGGACUGAUAGAAGGGCCAGCAGGAUUAAGAGAGCAGCUGUUGUCCUCAUCCCGUGUAUUUAUACUAUUUAACAACAGGCUCAAAAUUCUAGCUUGUCUCACUGUGGAAAAGAAGCAUUACUGUCUGAUUCAUAUCCAAAGUUAUAAAUACAGCUUGUAAAUUUUACUAACUUGUUUCUUUUUUGUUCCGUCUUUGAGAAGUACAACUUGCUUUUUGCAGAUGGUAAUUUCUGGUGUCAUUCUCUGCUUUCUUUUUUUUGUAUGGAAUUGCUGUAUUUGUUCAAGUUUGUUCGUUUUGUGGUUUUUUAAUUCCCAUUGGUGCACCGUACAAUGGGGUGUUGUCGUGUAUCAUGAAGAAAGAAACAAUAUGCAGCUAUGUUAUGGAGCGUGUUUUAUUUUCAAAUGAAUGUGGUGUUGACAAUAUAUUGAUUUAUGAAGAUACUAAAGGAAAAUUCUAAAUCUACCAAAAUGUGUAUAUUUUAAUAAAUGCAUAAAGCUUUA